UUUUUACAGUUAUACUCGAUCCGUAUAUUUACCCAUUCACUCGCAUUUCCCCCAUUUAUUUAACCAAUCAAUCCGGAUGAUGACUAAGAAUAAAUCUCUUCAGCUUCUCAUCAUCCUUUCCGCGGCAAUUUCGCUUCUCGGUGAAUUGCCGGCGACGGAAUCGAGCAAUUACAACCACGACUACUCCGACGCCCUGACCAAAUGCUUGCUGUUCUUCGAGGGGCAGCGUUCCGGCUACUUGCCGGCGGAGCAGAGGAUGAGAUGGAGGGGACAUUCCGGGCUGGGCGAUGGCUGGACGGUCGGCGCGGACCUGACCGGCGGCUACUACGACGCCGGGGACAACGUCAAGUUCGGAUUCCCGAUGGCCUUCACCACCACAAUGCUCGCCUGGAGCGUGAUCGAGUUCGGGCGGUACAUGCCGCCGCCGGAGAUGGAGAAUGCGCUGGUGGCGAUUAAGUGGGCCACCGAUUACCUUCUCAAAACCGUAUCUCAGCCCAACCGCAUUUUCGUACAGUCCAAAUCAAAAUCUGAUUCGAAGGCAUGGGGGAACCAGUGACUCGUUCUUCAAUCGAUCCACAGAGCGAGCUGUAUCUACAUCCAACGGAGACAUCUAAUUUCUCUCUUGCUUCUCAGAAGUUGAAUGGCGACAAUUAUGCACAAUGGAAACGAUCGGCUGAGAUUGCUCUGAGUGCGAGAAACAAGCUUGGAUUUGUGGAUGGGAGCUCGAAGGCACCAGAAUCGAAUUCUCCUCUGCUCAAUCAGUGGAAGCGAUGCAAUAAUCUGUCAGACCAAUGCACCUAGACUGUUUCAAUUACAUAAGGAGAUAAUUACACUGGUUCAAGGAUCGGAUUCUGUGAGUGAAUACUUUACUAAACUGAAGGGGCUUUGGGACACUUAUCUGACUAUGGUAACUUUGCCUCACUGUAAAUGUGAUGGAGCUGAGAUCUAUUCCAAAUUGCUUCAAAAUCAACACCUGAUGCAGUU